AGAAUUACUAUUAGUUUUCAAAUUUUUUUCUUAACAAAGGUUGCUUAGUCAAAAUGCAGGCGAAUAUUUGCUUGCUAAAUAGUUUUUUUGUUAUUUUUUCAUGUUUUUUGUCAAAUUUUUCAAGUGUGAAUAGCUUUACUUUGAAAUCACUCACCGUGCUCUUCAGACAUGGCGAUCGAACUCCAGAAAAAUCCGCUUUAUACCCCAAGGAUCCCCAUCUUAAUCAUGACUACUAUCCUUUAGUAUAUGGUGCUCUUACCAAUGAAGGAAAAAAACGCGAAUAUGAAAUAGGAAAAUUUUUACGAAACCGGUACAACGACUUUUUGGGUGUAGUGUAUUUUCCAAAUGACGUUUAUGCUCGUAGCACUAACAAACCCAGGACAAAAAUGAGUUUACUACUUGUACUAGCUGGACUUUAUCCACCUAGUAAAGCACAACAGUGGACUUCAGAACUAGCCUGGCAACCAAUACCCAUAGAUUAUCUACCAGUCGAGAAAGAUUCUCUAUUACAUUCACUUAGUUGUCCAGCAUACAAAAAAGAGCGUGCACGUGUAGGGGAAACAGAAGAAUAUAAAAAAGAUUUUUCGCAGUUUCAAGAAGACCUUAUCAAAAUAUCGGAAUUCACGGGUCUAAAUAUAACAAGAUCUCGCCAAGUUUUAGAUCUAUAUCAUACAUUAGUAGCCGAGGCAGGACUAAAUUUGACUCUCCCAGAAUGGACAAAGCCGUACUUUCCACAGGGAAGCUUACUAAAAGCAGCUAUUUUUGGUUAUAAAACCCAGUCGUACACUACAAAAUUGACAAGAUUAAACGGAGGUAUGAUUCUUCGCAAGUUUCUUAAUGACGUGUCAGCUGUUAAAGAAGGUAAACGAGGGCCAAAGAUCUUUCUCUACAGCGCACACGAGGUGACAGUCUCGGCACUGUUAUGGGCGCUAAAGGCAUGGAAACCGGAAAUUCCGCAGUAUUCUAGUUCCGUUAUUUUGGAACUUUGGGAAAAAGAUUCGAAAUAUUACAUCAAAGUGGUGUACUACAAAGGAAUUCCACCGGAAACUGAGAAUCGAACAAUUCGGGGAUGUUCUGAAUUCUGCCCCCUCGAAGAUUUUAAAAAGAUAUUGAAGAACAAUAUACCCGAUGAUUUUGAUCGAGAAUGUUUCGAGUGACCGUUGCAGUUUGUAUAAAUAAUAGAAAAAUAAAAAGAACUUCCUGAGUAAGGAAGCAAUUUUUAAAAUGAUCAAUUAAUUAAAAUGAAAUAAAGACCAUCGCUUGCUCAACAGUU